AUGUUCAGGUCCAGCCAACAAUCCAACAGUAAAUCAGAACCAGAUGGGAAACCUAAGUUCCUCCCAGUCAGCCUCAUAUCAUGGCUUUGGGACGCGUCGGAGACCAACACCGACCUGGCAGAGGGGCACAAUUCGAGCCCAUCCCACAGCCGCCACUGGACCGAAGGCAUUAUAAUCUGUGCCUGGGUCGAAGCCACUGUCCUAUUCCUUAAUGUCCUGCUCACCAUUAUCGCGGCCGGAAUUGCGUACUCAGGAAGUAACCAGGCAGGCUUCCCUUUUGCCUCACUGUUCACCGGGAAAUGUUCGACAGCAAAGAACUGGACUACUGGUUUGCACUUGAUUAUUAACAUUCUGAGCACGGCUAUGUUAGGUGCAAGUAACUACUGCAUGCAGUGCCUUGCGUCACCAUCCCGAUCCCAGGUCGAUGAGGCGCAUAGGAAGCGGGUGUGGCUGCGGAUUGGAGUCCCGAAUAUUUGGGACUUAUUAAGGAGACAACGGGGCAAGAGACAGUUGCUGGGGUGGGUUCUUUUGUUGACAUCGUUACCUAUCCAUCUUAUCUACAACUCAGCUAUCUUCUUCGCGCUUGGGCCUUGGGAGUAUACAGUUAUUACAGCACCAGUAGGGCCAGUGACGGCGAAUAGGUCCGUCGAUUUUGAUAAGUGUUUUGCUGAUAAUGUCGGGCUUGACCUGGCGACUCUCAAUGCUGAAAUGAGCCGGACGGAUCUUGAGAUGCUCUCGAACGAGAAGUGUCUCGAUACAUUCGCGCAAGACUAUGUAUCCGGACAACGUCUGCUGGUUCUGGUGACCAAUUCUUCGAUGCCCGACGGUGAACCUCUAGGAUUUAUGGGACGAGGAAAUUACCCGACAAUCGGUUCCAAGAGCGGAAGCCCCUUCAGCUGGCUCUGUUAUGAUGAUUAUGACUGCAGCAAAGACAUGGCAAAAGAGAACACCACCGGAGACUGGUCCGUCCAACCAUACAAGUUCGCUACACCCGUCGUAGAGCUUGAGAUACCGACCGAAGCCGGGUUCCAGAACUACUCGACUUUUAACAGCCACGUCGCUACCAAUGCCUACGAUUACAACACGGCUGACAUCCGGCGGCUCAAUGAGAUCCUUGCCACCUAUCCCUCUGAAGAUACGGUACAGGCUGAACUAAAAAAUCCUUCAAACUGGGUAAAUGUCUCCUUUGCCAACAAUGUGAGGGUCCUGGGACAUACAUCGACAUGUGACGCGAGACAAUCACCAAUGUAUCCCGUCGAUUACUGCUUGACGGUUCCGGCGGAGGAAACCUGUCAGCUAGUCUUCAGUCCUCCUAUCUGUUUGAUUGUUAUUGGGUGUAAUGUGAUAAAGCUCAUUUGCACCCUGUUCACCGCGCGUGAUGAUAGAGAGGACGUCUUUCUAACAAUUGGAGAUGCGAUUGCAUCUUACCUUACUUGGCCAGAUCCAACAACAGAAGGAAGCUGUUUACUGUCGAAGCCCCUCGUUGAUAAGAAGACACUGGGUUGGCGCAAGAAACCUGAGAAGAAAAAGGAGUCCACUCAGGAUGAGAUUGAAAACAUCCAAAUAGAUCAGGCAGUCCCGCUAGAACUACCUCCUCGACAACGCUGGUUACAUGCUGUAAGUCCAGGACGAUGGGCCUUCACAAUGACAGUGUUUGUAUGCAUUAUUGUUGCCGCUGCAAACCUCCUCCGCAUCGGAAUCCUCAACUAUGACAAGGGCUACGGGGUCAAAACCAUCUGGGACGGCGGUCUGGGUGAAGUGAGCGCACCAACGCUCAUAGACGGCAUGCCCGUCCCAUCCGGUAUGACGGGGGUAUUCAGCAUGAUCCUGCUAGCAAACACACCGCAGCUGCUUGUCUCCAUCGCAUACUUUCUACUUGAUACCUUGUUGACAUGCAUGCUUGGCGCUGUUGAAUACAAUAGCUACGCCGGUGCUCGCAAGCCAUUGCGUGUUACUUGGCCGCGCGGUGCCCAGCGUUCAACCUAUUACCUGUCCCUGCCAUACCGGUAUAGCCUUCCGCUCCUGGCUGUUUCAGCUGUCCUGCAUUGGCUUGUCUCACAGAGUCUGUUCUUCGUUGAAAUCAUUCCGUUUGAUAUAAACGGUAUAAUGCAAUCUGGUAAUGAGGUUGUUACCUGCGGCUACUCUCCCGUUGCCAUUAUCUUCGCCAUCAUCGUGGGUGGUUCACUGCCUCUUGCGUCAAUACUGUUGGGGCUACGGCGCUUUAGAUUUGCAAUGCCACUGGCGGCGCAGUGCAGUGCGACAAUUAGCGCGGCCUGCCAUCCCUCAUCGCCAGGUGUGGACGACGAAUCCAACCACGCCCUGAAAGCGGUCCAAUGGGGUGGGCUUCCUGGGGUCUUCGAGUCUCCUAAGCCAUUAACGUUCUCAAACCGGAUUAGUAGGGAUAAAGAGACGAAUCGGAGUGGGAGGGAUGGCCGAGGAUACAAUGUGCCGGUGGCAAAUACAGAUCCUGAUACGAUGACGGGCUCCGGUGCUGUGCAAUCUGGGUUCUAUCAUUGUUCUUUUACCUCAGAAGAGGUUCAUGAGCCGUGUCAGGGACGGCUUUACGUAUGA